GGGAACUGAAGAUAGUAAGGAUCUGGAGGGUCUGUGCAUAUAGGCUAGAGGCCAAGAGACCCUCUAGUCAGUUUGACACUAGUCACCUACCUGGCAUCAGGCCUUGAGUCAGAUACACUGCUGCCCAAGAGCCUGCUGGGAGAUGGACAGAGUGACGUGGGGCACAGGGGCUCUCCAAGGAAACAGGAGGCAGCAAGGGUCAGAAAAUGGAAGUUGCAGGGAGUCUAUGGAGGAAGAAGAUGGGACCAGGAGGAGGGCACUCUAGCUUCAGGUAUGACUGUGAAAGCAUGUGCUACCAGUCAGAGGAGGAGACUGCCGAUGAGAUUAUGGGAGUCUAAGUCCUGGCUCCUUCUCCGCUGCCCUGGUGCCUUCCAGGUGCCUGCCCUCCACGGCCUUGAGGCACUGCAGACUGCACAUCUGGGGGCUGCUGCCUGCUCCACUUGGCUUCUCCAAACAUAUUACGGGAGAGGACGUGUAUGGAAAAAGAACAGAGAGAAAACAAAACAAAACACCAAGGCCAAUGUUCAGAGAGCGCUAGUAAUUUUAACGGCAACCCACUCAAGAAGAGCAUAAGGUUCACAGGCACUUGUAAUAAACCCCUCAUCUCCACCCUCCAGCAUGCAUCACUCAGUUGCCCCUGGAACUGAAACUGCGCAUGCCCAGCACAGCAAUUUUUUUUUUUCCUUCCCACCACAGCCAGCUGGCUUUUUGAGGGUUCAAACUUCAACAAAACAAAAACCUUAGGGGCUGACUUUGCAUCAGUCCCAGGCCUUUGGGAGGGAGGGACAGGGAGUGGGCAGACUGGAACACCGAACAUGCAGAAGGGGAAGGGUCUUGAAAUAAGCUGAAAGGUACAGACAGCGAGAACGAUCGCCGCCUGGCCUGCCUUGCCAGGUGAAGUGAGAAGCACUGAGGCCUGAGGAGCCUCCACGCACGCGUAAGGGGCCGCUUGCUUCGCCUGCCCCGGGUCCUUCCAGUGCAACAAAGGGAAACCCCAGGGGAGGCGGAGGCCAGCGGAGAUUUCUCAAGCCAACUGUCCCCUCCAUCCGCGGCGGGCAGGAAGAGCGACUGGCGCAGCCACCUCCGGGUCCUGCGACCUGAGCGGCUUUCUCACGGAGACGCCCCUCCCGAGCCCCCGCCAGUCGAAGGUUUUUGGCCACCGAGGGGCGCGCCAAUGGGACAGGGUCCAGUCUGCGGCAGACACGCCCCACUGUGGGCAUCUCGACGUCGGAGGAGCACAGAGAGCAUCAUUUCCGCCCUCACUCUAGACCCAACACGGAGGGGGCGGAGCCUAGCCGAAGGCGCGCUGCUUGUGCGUCACUUCCGGUGGGUCUAGCGGCGACAACGGCAACAUGGCCCUGAACGGUGCUGAAGUCGACGACUUCUCCUGGGAGCCCCCUUCCGAAGCGGAGACGAAGGUGCUGCAAGCGCGGCGGGAGCGUCAGGAUCGUAUCUCCCGGCUCAUGGGCGACUACCUGCUGCGUGGUUACCGCAUGCUGGGCGAGACGUGCGCGGACUGCGGGACGAUCCUUCUCCAAGACAAACAGCGGAAAAUCUACUGCGUGGCUUGUCAGGAGCUCGACUCAGACGUGGAUAAAGAUAAUCCGGCUCUGAAUGCCCAGGCUGCCCUCUCCCAAGCUCGGGAGCACCAGCUUGCCUCUGCCUUGGAGCCCCCCUCGGGCACUCGGCCUGCCCCUCAGCCCCCAGUACCCCGUCCAGAGCACUGUGAGGGAGCUGCAGCAGGGCUCAAGGCAGUCCAGGGGCCGCCCCCUCCUGCUGUGCCUCCAAAUGCAGACGUCCUGGCCUGCACACAGGAGGCUCUCCUGCAGAAGCUGACCUGGGCCUCAGCUGAGCUGGGCCCUAGCACCUCCCUGGAGACUAGCAUCCAGCUGUGUAGCCUCAUCCGGGCUUGUGCUGAAGCCCUGCGCAGCCUGCAGCAGCUGCAACACUGAAGAACCCCUCCUGAGAAAAACCCUCUAGAAAAACA